GAAGUGCAUCAUGUCAUGGGUGUGUAGGUACCUGGAAACAAUUCUGGGAAUACCCUAUUAAUUUGAAAUUUCCAAUGGUUGAUGAUUGAUCUUACAAUACAUAUUUCAAUUUAAGUUGAGUUAAUUGAGGGAUUGGGAACUAGGUAUAAAUUUCAAAUUCAGGAUCAAAGACAAAUCAUAAAUAUGUUAAUAUCAAAGUCAGUGAAGGAUCAAAGACCAAUCAUAUGUUAACUUGAAUUACUUCUCUAGAUUUUACUGUUUGUGUGUGAUUGAUUGACCAAUAGGACCAGAAAGUGUACCACCACCACUGUCACCACCAAUUGAUUCAGAUAGGCUACCCUUUCCUCUUCCAGUUCAUAAAAAGCCAAGGGCAGCAUCAACUUCCUCCAGUCAGAUUAACAAAGAUUGUGCACGCCAUACGAACAGUACAACGUAUGAUCCAUCCGACAACUCUUCUAAGAGUACAACUAAGGAAAGUUUCUCAAGUAAAAGAUUACCCGAAGACCAAAACAGAACUGAAGAGACGUCCCAACCAUCACCUAAAAAGAAAAAAGGGGCCAGUACAAAAAAUACCAGAAAUACUACUAUGAGUAAUCAGAAUGACGAGAGCCAAAAGGAAUCAACGUCUUCAACAUCAUCACUUACAAAAAGUCCAAAAAAGGACGCAAACAAAACGAUCGAUGACUUUUUAAAGGUGAUGAACGAUAUAUUUGACACAGUUUUACAUGACCAGAACCUUGUUCAUAUUAUUGACGCCGAAACAAAGGAUCUGUUAAAGAUUUUACGAUUUGCAAAAAAAGAAUAUCAGUACAUUUGUUACAGCUUAUUUACCAGAAUGUUCGGCUUUCGCAGUCUUUUCACAAUCCGUAGCGAUUAUAUGCUCAAUUUGACAGAUAAACAAGUUAUUGAGAUGUUCAAUUUUUUAAAGGAAAAUAAAUUUGUUGAUACAGAUAUUAAAGAAGAUGGUAUGCCAUCAGUGCUGAAACAACUGACUGCAAUAGAUGUUAAAAAUAUUGGUUUACGCCUCAACAUUAAACCCAAACGUUCCAAAGAUAAGAUGAUACAAGCUUUAUUACUUAAGUGUACUAAUCAGCCUAUCGCCAAAACCGAUAUUAGUGAUAUUAUCUGGAAGGAAAUAAACAAUAAGUUGGGGAUGUAUGCUGUAAGGAUUAACGACUCUUUUAGAAAACAUAUUAAUCACGUUUACCUAUUAGCAACAUUCACAAAUAAAAGAUUUCAAAAUAUUGAAAAUUUCGUACAAAGGGAUUUAAAACGCGAUUUUCCGGAUUUCGUACCUGAAAACUAUAAAGUUUUCAGUGAUAGAGAACAAUUUCUGAGGUAUGCAGAUGCAUGUGAGCUCAAAAAAACUUUAGGAGCGAUUAAAAAUCAUGAUGCUGUACAACUACAAGAAAUUGGCAAGAAAGUUCAUGAAACUUUAACGACUUUGAAACGAACUAACGACGAAAUAUAUCUCAACACACCACAUCUAAAACGUUUUACUGCCGAGUCAGUAUACUGUGGAAUUUUAACCAAUAUUUGUGAAACAUUAAAAACCAAAUACGCCGACAAAGUCCAAGAAUUUUUAAAAUAUUUGAUCGAAAAUUUUCCACGGUCGCACAGAAUCGGUACUUGGUAUAUGCUUUUGUAUGACGUAUUAAUUUUCCGCAAACAGACAAAAGAAGCUGUGAAUACUAUUAUAACAGCACUCAGUACUAAAAAAGAAUAUAUUUUGGAGCAUCAGAUUUAUGAAUUUACACAUAAGGCGCAACAGCAAAAAGAACAUAAAAGCAUUGAUCAAAAAUGUCAUGAUGAACUUGUGGGAUUAUUAGUUGAUCCUAUCCAUUUAGAACACUUUCCUCAAGCUGUUGUAGAUGCCAAAGAAGUUUGGACUGACCAAUCUGGGAGACAGCGGUUCUAUGAAAUACACAAUUCAGAUGGUAGUAAACUAUAUAAAAAUGCAGAACAAGUUGCACAAGCCCAUUAUAUUGAAACAUGUGGUUAUACCGAUGGCAUACAUUGUGAAGGCAGAAUAAUGCAUUCAUUCACGCUUUUCUUCUGGGAAAUUAUUUAUAGCCAAACUCCGAAUAUCCCGGGCACUUUUUUAUCUAAAUAUCAAGAAGUCCCCCUUGAUAUGUAUACCACUGAUUUCUACAAAAAUCGGAAACAACUAAUUGACAAAAGAUUGAAGGAUAUAGCUGAAGAUUGGACAUAUAAAGAAAUUAUUCAAAACGCUACAGAGUACUGGAAUAAAUAUUCACACAUAUCAGGAUUGGGUGGUCCAAUAUGUGAGACUCUAGAUAUCAAAUUCCUUAAUAUAAUUGUGGAUUGUAUCGGAAGAAAAAUACUGUCUAAAAUUUAUGAAAGACUGGUUAAAGAUAUACAUCAGUACCGAAGUGAAAUGCCGGAUUUGUUUUUAUGGAAUGUAGACGAAAAAAAGGCCAAAUUUGUUAAGGUUAAAGGGGAAAAUGACGAACUCUCGAUAAAGCAGCAAUUGUGGUUGAAGUAUUUACUGGAGAUUGGAGCAAAUGUAGAAGUUUGUCACGUGCAGUCUAGAGGAUCUAAGAGAAAAUUGGACGAUAACGAAAAUGACCACCAACGAACAGACCAAUAACACAACCGACAAAAUCAAUAUAUAUAUAUAAUAAGAAAAAAGAAAAAUAUUCAUAUAAUUUAUUACGCACUUAUUGUUAUUCAGAUAUUUCAUUUAAUGUCUGAAUUGGAAAAAAGUUGGAAAAAAUAUAAAGUGAAUAGUUAAACCAAUGAUAUAAAGAAGGCACAUGAGCACCUGGUCUUUUCAGACCAGAUUGUUAUUGUAUUUAAUAUUGCAUGACAUCUUUAAUUAUAUAACCAUAAAGUACAAAAUGGGUUUGAACACUAGAAUCUGUAAAUAUUGUAUAUCGUGAAUGUGUCAUGACUUCUUUGGCAUA